UGUUGAUAUCGUAUGAUUUGUUUUAUGCGUUUAUCUCCAAAAACAACCAUUGGAUCUGUUGUUGAAAUUGAAAGAUGACUGGGAAGGACGAGUUCGUCUCUUACUCGCCCCUUCCCUCAAACCCUAAUCCCAAUCCUUACGCUUAUCAUUACCCAAAUCCUAGUUCUUACCCCCAAAACGUUGUCGUUCUCCUACCCACCUACCGCCCUCGUUUUCACCGCCGUCGCCGCCGCUGCAUCCUCUACUCAUCCGCACUCUUCCUCUUCAUCCUCUUCGCCGGUGCAGCCUUCCUCCUCUUCCCCUCCGACCCGGAGGUACGCCUCGUCCGGAUCGGGCUGAACCACAUUGGGAUCCGAACCAACCCGAAGCCCAUUCUCGACAUUUCCUUCUCCCUCACGGUCAAAGUUCGCAACCGAGACUUCUUCUCCUUAUCGUACGACACCCUCGCCGUCUCCGUUGGCUACCGCGGCCGCCAAAUAGGGUUUGUCACCGCCCCUGGAACCGGUGGACGCAUCAGGGCGCGCGCCUCUUCCUACGUCGACGCCACGCUCACCGUCGACGGGUUUGAGGUUCUCUACGAUGCGUUCUACCUUAUCGAAGAUAUCGCUAAGGGUGUGAUUCCGUUUGACACUGAGUCGCGAGUUGAAGGGAAGUUGGGGCUUUUCUUCUUCACUGUUCCUUUGAAGGCGACGGUGUCAUGCGAAGUUUAUGUGAAUAUAAACCAGCAGAGAAUUGUGCGUCAAGACUGCUUUCCUGAGAGGGACGAGGUUACAUUAGGCACCUUUAUUUGUCAAGAGAGUUAAAACCCAACUCAAAGUCAGUGUGGAGAAAAAGAGGCAAUAUUGGACAGUCCCUCGUCUGCUUCAUAUUAGAAGCCGCAUAAACUUGGUGGGCACUUUUUAUGUAAUAGAAAUUUGAACUAACCACAGGCUCUAGCUCGUUUGCUUGAACACAACUUAGAAAAGGGCGCGUGGAGUUGUGUGUGUAAUUUUUCUUUGAAUUGUUGCUUGCCUUUCUCCUGUAAGUUUCUGAAAAUUCAAACAAGCGAAAGGUAUCAAAUAAAUGUGUUCACUUCAUAUAUGUGCAUAGCAGCUACAUGUAUUAGCUUAAGACUUGAGAGCACGUCUCUUACAGUCUUGCCGUAGAGAUCUUCUUUAGCUUAGCUGUUGUUUGAGAAACUGCUCAGAUUAAACUUAAAUUAUCAUGUUUUUUUGCCAUAGAAGGCUGUUUCAAUCAUAUAGGCUGUUUUUGAAAGAGAAGUUCAAACAACCAUACAAAGGACGUAGAAAUUACAGUGUUCUCCUAUAUGCAAAACUGUUAUCAUUGAUCGCCUCGCCUCAUUUUCACUUGGAUUGGAACCUUGGAUUCUCAUUUUUUUUUUAUAAAUUGCUUGGGUUGCGUUAUAGGACCCUUUUUUAUAAAUUGCUUAUGCUACCAUAUUUCUGCCUUUGUUUAGUUAGUCUUAUUUCACUGGUUAAUCUAUUCGUUUUGUAGCUGCAUGCUUUUAUUAGUGAAACAUUAUCAUAAAGCUAUUCUUUCCUGUGGCUCUGUGCAAUCCUCCUUAGUAUAACACUGGAAACUUCAAAGGAUAUCUGUUUUAUGCCUUUUAAACUGAAAUUGGUAUUUUUCAUUUUUAGAUAGAAUUUGAGUCGGUGUUUGUCAGCCUAGUAGCGUUUUUCUGUUAACCAUUAUCCAUGUUUCUUAAAUCCUGGAGUACUCUACUGGGCGAUUGAGUUUCUAAUAGAAUUUACCCUCGGUACCAAUCAUCAUUAUUUACUGUUGUUUUUACGCAGUUUCAAAAGUUUAAGGUUGAACUAAAUUAUAGUAUGAGCUUCUCGUUUGGUACUUUCAAUUUUUCAAGUUUUAGUUAUGCAGGCCUUUUGUCUUAUUCCGUCUUGUUUCAUAUUCUUAAAUUCUUGUAAUUAAGCAUAUCUUAAUUUAAUAUAUAGAACUUGCUAAUG